GCUCAAGGUACUCGAAGAAGAGGAAGGGAAGGGUGCUCACAGUUUUGGCCAACAUGGAUAAAUAUCACUCUGUUGAUACGUGGUAAUGGGAUAACAGAUUCUUUGACUCCUGAAUUACUUGUGGAGGAGGAAGUGACCCCCACCCCCAUCCAGUCUCCAAUAUCUUGAUGCAUUGCCACCGCGACGUCGCAACCCACGGUCUCCAAGACAGAAACAAUCAGCCACUAUGUCCUUUCGGAGCAGACACGAGCAAUCAGACAGCAAGACUAGGCGCAUUCUUGCUGAGGAUGAAAGCAGCAGUGAUGACGACCUCGACAUUGUAGGCACCGCGCGCAAGGGCCUAAACAUCUCGCAGUACAUCGAUGCACUCGCAUCGCAAUCCCAACCGCAACCAUCAAGGAAAAACUCACUACGCAAAAAUGACGGAGAUUCCGACAACGCUCCUCGUUCCUCACCACCACCCUGUUCACCAAAGCGGGAGGACGGUCGCGCAGGCAACAAUGGUUCCAGGUCCGUCCCGUUUGUGAUAGAUUCAGAAACGGACGUCGAAAUCGACGAGGAUGCCGGCUCUGCCUCGAACGAUCCCGGCCAGGAAUCCGACAUCGACCUCCUUGGCGAAGACCCUGAAGCCACGUACCGCCAGUACCAGGAGAGCAAGAAGCUCAAGCGGAAGCGCGUGGCCGCCGAGACGAAGCGGAUCCGGACGUCGAAGAAGUCUCGAGCAGCUGCUGCCACCAGCGUCGUCGGCAGGAAGCCGAGGAAGAAACUGGAAAUAAACCCUCACAAGAACGACACCAUCCGCGAUGUCCUCGAUAGCUACCGUGCUGCGUCUGAUUCCGAGCAGGAGGAGACGUACUUGGAUGAUCCGAUUCCCGAGUACAUCGAGUCUCGGAAACGAAAGAUGAAGAAACUUCAUGAAGCAGGGCUGCGGUACCCGCCUAGCUACGACGGCAUUUAUUUCAGUGACUCGGACGGCGAGCAGAAGCCGGUCCUGGACAAGGCAGUGAAGCCGCAGAGACCGAAGAAGAGCAUACAGCUGACCGAGUCCGGGGGCAUCAUCCCGGCUCCCAUUGCGCGCUGGUUGCGAGACUAUCAAAUUGAUGGCGUCCGAUUCCUCCACGAAAGAUUCGUUCGCCAGACGGGUGCGCUUCUAGGCGAUGAUAUGGGCCUGGGUAAAACUAUCCAGGUCAUCGCUUUUCUUACCGCUGCGUUCGGGAAGACGGCAACAUCACGCGACAAGAAGCGCCUUCGCAAGAUGCGGCGAGCGGCGGAUGUCCCGUGGUACCCCCGGAUCCUGAUUGUCUGUCCAGGGACCCUCAUGCACAAUUGGCAGGAUGAAAUGGACAGGUGGGGUUGGUGGAUCGUAGACAAGUAUCACGGCCCACCCGCCGAGAGGAGGGGAGUCCUCAACGCCGCGAGAAAGGGAAUGUGUGAGGUCAUGAUCACGACCUAUGUCACGUAUCAAAAGAAUGAAGGGGAAAUCAAUACAGUAGACUGGGACUGCGUGAUAGCCGAUGAGUGUCACCAGAUCAAGAACAAGCAUGCUGCCGUGACGAAGGCCAUGAACAAGAUCAAUGCACUUUGCAGGAUAGGUCUCACGGGUACAGCGAUACAGAACAAAUACGAAGAACUAUGGAACUUGCUCAAUUGGGUCCGACCGGGAGAAUAUGGCUCCUACCAGCAGUGGAAGCACUCCAUCAGCGUCCCACUGAAGGUCGGACAAGCCCAUGACGCUACCAAUGCGCAGCUUGCAGACGCGCGCGGGAAAGCGCAGGAAUUAGUGACAAAGAUACUGCCAGACGUGUUCCUACGCCGCAUGAAGACUCUCAUCGCCGAUCAGCUUCCUAAGAAGAGCGAUCGCGUCGUCUUCUGCCAGCUCACGGACACCCAAGCGAAUGCGUAUCGUACAUUCAUCGAGAGCGAGCGCGUGGAUGCCAUCCGUCGAGCAAAAGAGCCUUGUGAAUGCGAAAGUGGUAAAUCCCGAGGAUGGUGUUGCCAUGUUACCGUCAGUGGAGGCGGUAAAUGGAUCAACUACAUGUUCCCUUCUAUGAUGACAUUACAGAAGCUAGCGAACCAUCUCGCCCUACUUCUCCCACACACGUCUGACCUCGCGGAGAAGCAAGCCAAGGAUCUCGACAACCUGCAAAUCUGCUGCCCCGACGAAUGGAAAUAUUAUUUCCGCAUGCGAGACAAAAUCUUCGAUCAAUCCCAACGAGAGUUCUGUGGGAAAUGGAAGGUUCUGAAGCGGCUUCUCGGCUUCUGGCAGGUCAAUGGCGAUAAAGUUCUAAUCUUCUCACACUCGGUGCGCCUGCUUCGGCUGCUCAAAACACUAUUCGAUGUCGAUGGCCACAACUACAACUGGUCCUACCUUGACGGAAGCAUGAAGCUCGAAGACCGCGCCAAAGCUGUCGCAGACUUCAAUUCAGAUGAAAAACAAUUCGUAUUCCUCAUCAGCACCAAGGCAGGCGGCGUUGGACUGAACAUUACCUCCGCCAACAAGGUGGUGGUAGUCGAUCCGAAUUGGAAUCCAGCAUAUGACCUCCAGGCCCAGGAUCGCGCAUACCGCAUAGGCCAGACGCGGGAUGUUGAAGUGUUUCGCCUUGUUUCGUCCGGCACUAUCGAAGAGAUCAUGUACGCCCGCCAGAUCUACAAGCAACAGCAGGCCAACAUCGGCUACACGGCUUCCGAAGAACGUCGCUACUUCAAAGGCGUCAUGGAUCAUUCUGGGAAGGUGGGAGAGCUCUUCGGACUUCAAAAUCUCUUCAGCUUUGAAGAGAAUGGGCUUCUGCUGCGAGACAUCGUUCAUAAGACGAACGUUGCCGAGACACGAGCCGGAGUCAACGCAAUCGGAUUCACACCAGAAGCCGACAGCGAUCUGGAUGACGAGGAAGAAGAGAGCAUCCUCUCAGAUAAAUCAUUAGGCAUCACAGACGACGACGGCAUUAGCGAGAAACAAAUGAAGAAAUUUGCCGAUCGCCUCGUCAACGGAUCCGAUACAGCUGACACUACCACCAAAAAGACAACCGCACGUCGCAAAGGCCUAGACGCCGUCAACGCAAUACUAGCCAAAGCGGGCGUGCAGUACACGCACGAGAACUCUGAAGUCAUCGGCCACAGCAAGAUCGAAGCCGAGCUGGGCAAGAUCGCCAAGGAGCAUCGAAACGACGUAGACCUCGCCCAACGCCGUGUCUUCCAGUCGCAAUCCCAAAACCCGGCCUCCCAUCUAUCCGCGCAUUCGGACGGGAACGACGAAGACAGCGAAGACGACGCCAACGAAGAUGACCACGACCACGACGACAAUGCCGAUGUUAGCUUCAUCGGCUCGACGUCGAAGGGCGGGAGGCCGGAGUACAAAAUCAACUACAAGUACAGGCCCGACGAACGGAUCCGCAGGCGCCAGUUGUGCAGCAUGGCCGAGAUGAUGGGGUUCUCCGACCCCGUGGAGUUUGCGCUGCUCGUCGAGAACUGCACGCAGGAGGAGAGGAGGAGGAUGCUGGAGAAGUUCUAUCGGGGCAGGAGGCGCGAGCUGUGGGGUGAACUCACUUGAUGGUUUCUCGUUGAGGAUGUUUUGUGGUGCCUUCUGGUGGGGUAAACAAAAUCAAUUACUGCUUGCCAGAAUCAAAUGAGAACGAAUUUCACGGGUUGUCGGUUCGUUCUUCAUGUGCACAUGUACACAGUUGAACGGCCCUUGACAUAUUUGUAUCUUGGAACCAAUUCCAUAUCAUUGCUGUACAAGCAAUACUAUGGCACCCAAAGUCUUCGAUACUAACUGAUCUGUUCAUUACUUCUCUUUUCUGCUGUGGAAAAACAAACGUGG